GCCCCAUAGCUUAACAUGGAACGGCCUCGCUGCAUUUUGGACAGCGCGCCGCUUCCCAAUGCGUCCAGGGAAGGGCAGCGAGCGCUCCCGAAGAAAAGCUGGCAGGGAGGCAGGGAGAGCGCGGGCGGCAGCAGAUGUGGAGGAGGCCAAAGCGAGCGGUCGUGUGCGAGGGAAGAGCGUGUGGGGCAGCAGCGCAGCGUGCUGCUCUGCCCGCAGCGCGGGGGGCUCCGUCCCGCCCCUCUUGGGGCUCCUGGGAGGCGGCAGCCGGAGAGAAGCGGCUCUGGCAGCGAGCAACCCCUGCGGCAGAGGAGAGCUCCCGGCACGCGGCUGGCGGUGCUUCCAGAUGUCGGUGUUGGGGCCUUUGUGGUUUUGACGCGGGUUCCCAAGCUCUCCACGCUGUGUGAGGAGAUUGAAAAGCUUAGAAUGGCUGGAGAACAGAAACCAUCCUGCAAUCUUCUAGAGCAGUUUAUUUUACUAGCCAAAGGUACAAGUGGCUCAGCUCUGACUGCUCUGAUAAACCAAGUGCUGGAGGCUCCUGGGGUUUAUGUCUUUGGAGAGCUGUUGGAGUUAACAAAUGUGCAAGAGCUUGCUGAAGGGUCUAAUGCUGCUUAUUUCCAGUUGCUGAACCUGUUUGCAUAUGGGACGUACCCAGACUAUGUAGCAAACAAAGAUAAUCUGCCUGAAUUAACAGCAACUCAGAAAAACAAGCUGAAACACUUGACAAUAGUAAGCCUGGCUUCUAGAAUGAAGUGCAUUCCCUACUCCGUGUUGCUGAAGGACCUGGAUAUGAGGAAUCUGAGGGAGCUGGAAGAUCUGAUUAUAGAAGCGGUUUAUACAGAUAUUAUCCAGGGGAAGCUGGAUCAACGAAACCAGAUGCUAGAGGUGGAUUUUUGUAUUGGCAGGGAUAUUCAGAAGAAGGACAUCAGUAACAUUGUCAAAACGCUCCAGGAAUGGUGUGACGGUUGUGAAGCAGUUCUUUUAGGGAUUGAGCAGCAAGUACUGAGAGCCAACCAAUACAAAGAGAGCCAUCACCGAACCCAGCAGCAGGUAGAGAUGGAGGUCACAAACAUAAAGAAAACUUUAAAAGCUACAGCCUCGUCGUCGGCACAGGAGAUGGAACAGCAGCUGGUAGAGCGAGAGUGCCCUCCACACACAGAACAAAGGCAGCCCACAAAGAAGAUGUCCAAAGUUAAAGGGCUGGUCUCCAGCCGUCACUAGAACAUACCAUCCAAGUGUCAUUCAGCUAGGAAUGACAGCAGGAGGAGCAAAAAAGGGCCUGUGUCUUCUUUUCCAGUGGGUUCUGGGCCAGCCCCUUGCAGGCUGGCAAAUAAAAGCCCUGUUUGAAUGCAGCACCUGGCAAAGUUACACUGUGCAGCCCCUAUUUGUUAUGAGGGUGUCUCUGUUCUGGUCCUUUAAAGAGGGACUUUUGAAGAGAGGGACUAGCACAAUGGGGCAGUAAAAAAGUCUGUGGACAGUUUUGCUCCCUCUCAGCCAGUUUCAUUGCUGCUUAACCUCUAGGAAGCUGCUGUACUAAAUCAGAUCUUGGGAGAACUUCUAUACUAAGAGUGAAUCCCAGGGUUGAAGUGUGGCUACCAAAGCCAGGCUGGGAGCGAGGAAGCCAUCAACACAGAUCUUUUCAUUCCCUGAGGGAGUGCAGAAAGGUUUCUAGGCCAGGAACUGCUUUGCAUGGAAGUCUUCAGCCUUUCCUCUACCCCUGUCUGUUUUGAACUGGGGUGAAAUUCACGCUACCUCGCUCUGUGAGGAUGAGAUUCAGUGCUGGGCUGUUUACUUAACUGUCUGUUUACUGCCCUUACUAAGCCCUUCAAUCUCUCGCAGAUUUAAUGCACUGGUCUGCAUCUCUGAGUCUUCAAUACAGAAAGGAGGAAGCAGGCUGCUCUUCCAAGCCUUCCUUCUUACAAAUGGUUAUGGACACAGCAGAAACAGCGUUCCUUUGGAAUGUGAUGUCACCUCUCAGAGCUGCUUGUGAGUUGUUCCCCAUAGAUACCUCCAGAGGGUGAUGCAUUUGCUCUUCCUUGGGUGCUAGUGACAGUGGUCUGUGUGGGAGAAGAGCCCCUUUAGCAUUGUGGCAGGCUGGUGGCCCAGGACCCACUGGCAAGGGUCACAGCAGUAUCCCCUUGCUGAACCAAUGGACUUGACUAGUCUUUCUGAAUUUUGAACACUUUCAGGUUGUAUUUUCUUUUCUUCUUUUGUACAUUGUUGUGAUUCUGAAGCAUUUCAGCCUUUGAUUUGUGUUUUUUUUUAAUUUGUUACAGACCAACUUCAGGUGGUUUGCGCCUGAUUUGGUGAGGAGAGGGGUUUUUUUUUACGGGGGAGGAUGGGGUUGGCAGUGAAACAGCAAUUCACACAAAAAAGCACAUUUUAGAAAAAAAAUUAAAAAUGCUGAUUUAAUGUCAGAGUUCAGAGUCUUGGCUUUGAGACUGCUUUAGCACUUGUCCACGUGAGCAUUUACUUGAUUCCUGAUGUUACGUUAUCAGAAGGUCUGACUAAUCUCCCUGACGCAUCUGGGAAACAGAGAAUUACUGUUCCUGUUUUGUCAGUACUUCAUCUUUAUCCAAGUUUGUGUGGAAGGAUCUGUGGCAAAGCCAGUAAUUGAGCCCACAGCCCUGAGCCUAAACACCGUUGCUGCCUGAUAAUGAGAGGUUUGGAGCUUUGCUCUGUCUUUGGCAGUUGGGUUCCUUUCUCUUGGUCUCACAAACUGAAGUGUUUUACUUCUGUCAGUGUUGUAAAAAAAACAAGAACAAAAGUUUUCCAGGAGCAGGAAGGGGGGCUGUUCUAGCAGAGGACUGUGACAGUACUCCAGUCCUGCAUUUACAUUGUGCAGUGCACGUGCCUCCCACUAAAUGCUGUGGAGUUCUUUGCCAUCUGCACAUCCUCAGUCCUUGGCUCCAGGACCUGCUGUGUGUUUGCAAAAGGAAAUUCUCUCUUUUUCUUUCCUCCUGCAGUGCAGGCACACCAGCUUUCAGUCUAAGAGGUGAAUCUAAAUGCUUCCCACCCAGCUGCCUCUGGGUCGAGUCCCUUGAUUUCUGAUUCAUUGUCGGCUCUCUCCCUUGAAAAUACUAGCCAAAAAAAUUCCCAUUGAAAGAUGUUAAAUGUUAAGUGAGUAAGCCCAAAGCAUGAAGCCUUCACUUGUGUCUCAAGGGAACCCUUGCAGUGUCUGUUCUGGUUUCUGUACUUGCAUCUCCUGGUGUUCAGCUGACAGCUUCAGGAGGUGUAGGUGGACUUUGUGUACCCAAGUCUCUUAGAUGUGUGUGAUGAAGAGGGGCUGAGUCUGCUUCUGGCUUCCCGUGUGGGUGGCUGCAGUGUGCUGGUCAUCCAGCUCCUCUCAAAGUUUGGCUGGUGAGAGGUUGUGUGGUCCUCAGGAAGCUGUUUUCUUUCCCUCCCAUUUCUAAUGGCAGUCCGGCAAAGAUGCAAGGGGAAUUCAAAUGUCUUUGGAAAUCAGUUUAGCUCCUCCCAAGCCUUGGUGCAGGGGAAAUAGAUGUGAAUUUGGCAUCCCUGAUGUUUGUUCCCUGCCAGGUACUGGAGCCACAUUCGUUUGCUGAAAAUUCUUUAGUGUGGUGGAAGUUCUUGAGUCCAUUCUUAUAUUUUUGCUGUUCUCAAAGCUUACUUGGGCUAAGGGUCCUACCUGUGCUUCAGUACGCAUUGCCUUUGUUUGGCAAAGAAGCAAGGGAGGAAAUAGCACUUUGAGUAAAGAGCAGUCCUGUGCUCGAUGGUGAGAGGAUGGAGAAGGGAGGGACGCUGGGAAGAAUUGAGCUGUUUGCAUGUUUGGCUCAUCCUGGUGUGCCAGUGAUGCACUUGGUGCAGCAAAAAAAGAGGGGUGUCUUUGCAGUGAGCCCAGCCCGAGAUGAGUCAUUAACAAAUGACAUGCACAGAGUACCUGGGGGAGGCAGACAGCUCCGCAGCAGCUGGUUAAUGAGUCUGGCUCGAAGGAAAGAGUUAGAAACUAUUCCAGGAAUGAAGCAGAAGGCACAGUUGUUAACAGGGACGGAUGCAGGAGGUGCUGGGCUUUUUGAGAAGGACGACACGAAGAUGGAGACUGCAGGGAGGGCAGCAACUUGGAGCAGAGUGGUCUGAAUUAGAUGGGGUCUGAGCUGUGGACAGUUUGGAGUUGAGAGUGUCUGGAGAGAAUAGCUGUGCUCUGAGGACAGGAGGCAGAUGGAAGUAGAGGUGGUUUUCAUGCAGUCCCUGGUGCAUUGUUUGUGCCUGUUGCAGGCAGCUAACACAGCUAGUGUGGGUGCUGCUGGACGUUACUCCCUGAUGUGGGGAGAGCAUCCUGACCUACUUUGUUUUAUGGCAGCCAUGGGCUGCUCCAGCUGCAGCUCACUUCAAGAUUGCAGCAGGACAGAGUUUGAGCUAUUGAACUUCUGUUUGCCUCCUCCACCCGGCGAGAGACAAGUAGACAGAGCUGCUCUUAAAGGCUUUAUUGUCUAGUUUCAUGUUCUGCAGCUCUGCUUGUACUAGUGCUUGUUUAAUAUGGAACUGAGCACUGAGCUGGAAAAUGGAAGAGAGGAUCUCAGCUGAUUGCAGUGCUGGUACACUGCCCUAGCCCUAAAGCUGUGCCUCGUGCUAACAAAUGUCCCUGCUGUUCCUGCUGUGGCUCAGUUGAUAGCAGCUAACAUCAGGCAAUUCUGGAACAUGAUAAAGCAAUGCUGAUAGCAGUCUUUUUUUUUUUUUUUUCUUUUCCCUUCCCUUAAAACAAAGUUUGAAUUGAGCAUUUAUUGUUCUUUUGCCUUCCUCCCACCUCAUUAGAUGAGUUGGAUGCUAGUUUAGUUUUCUGUUGAGAACAGGAGGUUAAAUUGGUAAUGCUAUCAGACCUUCCUAUGUUCUGACACAUCCUGCACUCAGUCUUUGAGUGCUGUCUAAGCUGUUUAGAGAGACCUCUGAUGUAAAAAUAAAAAAUAAAACCCACCUCCUGCUGGGAUAAAACAGGCAGUUUGUGCACUUGUAGGUUUGUUGGUGCUGAGCCUGUUAACAGAUUUGUCAUGGAGGGAAACAUUUCUUGUUAUUAUCAUCAAGGUGUGGGAAUGGACCCAGCCAGUCAGGCCUUUGUCUGCUCCCGCACAGAGCUUUCUGGUUGUUUUUGUUUGUUUGUUUUUUUUCCCCACAAAGUCCUCUGUAGCUUCUGACCUAAUGCACAGGAGCCAAAAAGUGAAACUGUCAAGUUUAUUUUUGUGUAAUCUGAAGGAGAGUAACCCAGGGGCAUCGUGAAAGGUAAAUUAAAGUUGAGAGUGAUCUCAGUUUCUACUGGUAACCUCAACCUCGCGUGUUUGUUAUGGAAUUAUAACCUGUCAGUCCAAUUGAAUUUCUCAGCAGAGGUUUUAGAAAUCUGUCCCUGUUUCACUCUGCGCUGUGGCGAUGGCCGAAGUCUCUCAGGGACUGUUGACAUUUUGCUGAUAUUUCUUCAAGUUUGGCCCUACCACAGAGGUAAGUGAUUGAAGCCAGGGAGAGAUGUGCUACAAGGAGAGUGCCUGUUGACCCCCUUAGCUGAUUGCCUGCAGCCUGCUUCUUAGUGGCACUGUGGGGGCAGCCCUGUUCCCAAACAGUGGAUCAGGCAGAGGACUUGGCAGAGCAGCACCGUGCUCACAGUCUCCAGAUACACAGGCUUCUUCUUUCUGCAGACCUCACAAGGUGCCCCGAUGUAUUUGCUACAGGUUGCAGAUUGUGAGAGUGUGAUAGCUGGGACCGUGGCUUUUUCUUGUCACUUUGUGCCUGUAGUCCUCACUUGAUCUGGUUUUAGUGAACGGCGAGGCACCUUUCCACAGCUCCAGCUCUCCUGCAGAAGCUUGUGAAUCUCAAUAUCAUUCAGGCUUUUUGCAAAUGCACCCGUGGCACCCCUGCAUUUUCAGAAGAGCCUGUUGUGGUGGGUCAGUGAAGCCUUGCUCCAUCAGCAAUUGGUCUUUUUGUGCUGCUCUGACCGUAGCUCUGUAUCGUCGUGGGUAUGAAGUCUGGAAGUUGUGCUGUUUGACUCUCCAGACUCUUCCUGAAGAUGCCUUUUAUCUCACCAGCCCUGGUGUCUCAUAUGCUGCACAAUCCUAAUGCUGCCUUGUGCUGAUGCAGUCAGUAACGUCUUGGUGUUUCAUUGUCACCUUCGCAGCUGUUAGAGAGCACUGGUUCCUACAGGACCAGCUGCCAGCUGCGAUGCUAUUCAUUUUACCAUUGUGAGAUGACACCUCUCCUUGCUGGCAGAUGAGCCAGGUGGGUAGGCAUCGCUCCUCUGAGCUGUUUUGCAUGUAAGAAAGGGAAAUCUGUUGCCUGAUUUAGUACAGUGAAAAGCAAGGACACAGGACAGGUUUAUGAAGAAGGGGCAAAGCGUGAAGCUGUGUCCCAUUCCAGCUCUGCUAUAGCAGAAAGCAGCCCUGGGCAAAUCAGCCCCUCAGCAGCUGAGUUUCCCUGGACAGCUUCUCUCGUGUGUGCUGACUUUGAGACUGAAGUUUGUGAAGUGUUUUGGUCUCCUGGCUGGGCAGAGCUUAAUUGCUGAUUUAAUUGAAGAAGAUACAAUGCAUGUGUAUGGAAGGGGGGGGGACGGACCUCAAAGCUUCUUAAGCUUUUCUAGAAGUCGUUUUCCACUUGUGCAUUGUACCCUUCUUUUCCCUGAUGCAAAUAAGGUGCUCCACCUUGGGAAUAUUGGCCUGGAGUAUUAUGGGUAGUAUGCCAGGUUAAUUAUGAAGGGGGCAGGAAAAAUAGCCUGUGCCGUUUUCAACAAUAUCAAAGGGAUGCUACCUAAUGAUUUUCCUAUUAGCUCUUUUCCCAGCCUGCCAGAGUCACUGCAGAAAUGUCAUUUACAAAGGCAGUUUGCAACUCAUUACCCUGGAUUUUCACUGUAGUUCUGCUCCAGAGAGCGUGGGCUUUUGCUGUGUGCCCCAACCUAAUGAAUUGCCUGAUUCAGUUAGCACUGCCAUCCUUUCUGACAAGGUUAGUUGCUGACUGACAGGAAAGGGGCCUGGAUUCAAUUCCCUUUUUGUUUUCGACUCAUGCUUGUGUCAAGUGCAGGCUCCCUCUGGAAGCUGCCCUGUGAUCCUUUCCCUUCGUUUUUCUGCAUUCUGAAGGAAGCAGCCCAUACUAUGAGAAGCCCUAGAGCAAAUGGGGGGUGGGGGGGUGUGCAGCCCUCAGCAGUCCCUACUCAAUGCCUCAAGUCCCACAUCAGAUGGAAAAUUCCACCGCUCCCCUGCUCUGUGGUUCUGGGCUUUUCUUUCUCAUCAUUGGCUUGGGACUUGCUGUCACCUGAGCUGGGCUUUGUGACCCUCCAGCAAUAAAUACCUUGGAAAAGCUGUGGUAAGGGAAGAAAUGUGCAUUGUGACCUAGGAGAAUAGAACAGAUUUGCCACGUGUGGGAGGGCAACUGUGCCCUUAUUUCUGGGAGGUCCUUCUCUAAUGUCUGCCCUGUGCUCUUUGGCCUUUGCAAGGCACCUGUACACAGCCCUAGAAAGAACUCCUGUCCUUUUCCACCAGCCAGCCGUGUGCUUUUCCAUGCUGUGGGUCUGCAGCUCCUCUUAUGGUAGGAGUAUUUCCUGAAAAGGAGAAAUCAAGGCUGUUCCUCUGUUUUGUAUCGCAGUGCUCCCACCUGAAAGCCAAACAGGGCUGCUACUCGUUCUGCUACUGGAGCUGGAGGUGUGCUGUGUUUGCCAGGUGCCCUCAGUGUGGACAGGAUCCUGGGACUCCAGCCUCCCUCAUUUCCAAGCAUGCAGGCACGUGUCCACCUCUGCUAAAUGCCAUUCUCUGAGCUCACUUUUAAGAAGUGGCUGCCACCCCCCUGUGGCUGCAGCUUGCAUCCAGGGCAGCUCUUGGUGUUCAAUCAUGCUGUGCAUGUGCAGGGAUGUGGUGAGGAGAUUUUCCAGUUCUGGCCGUGGAUCCUUUUGAUGGAUGUCAUGAGGAUUUGACCUGUUUGGACCACACGAGGGGCAGCAAAGUCAGAUCCAUUUGUUUCUGCUGCACGUGAUGCCUUUUUCCCUCUUAAUUGGAUUCCUGCAUCCCCUCUUUCCUCCUGGCCUCAUUUCCUACCGAGCCCCUGUCAGGGGGACCUAAUUGUGGCCUUAUCAGAUGCUCACUAUGCUCUAAUGAGCCGUUUCCCUUUCCCAUUUUGGCCUGUGUGCCAAACCAGGGCGGUGCUCUGAACGCUGACCUUGGCUCACCACGCCGCUCUGCCCUGCCAACCCUCCUUCCUGGCUCUGCCAUGUGGUGCUGAGUUGACCUGAAGGUUUUCCCAAGUGCUCUUUCAGCCCCGAGUGCUGCCUUCUUUCUUCUGCAUCAGCUGGCAUCCCCACGUGGGCACAGUGUUCUGUCCUGCAGGUGGGAAGACAUUGUGCUGAGGGACAAGGCGACUUCUCUGUGGUCAGAGAGGAAGCAGCAAAGCAGGGAGCCAAGCUGUUAUCCCCUCCCUUGGCAUGGGGAGCUCUCGCUGUUGGCUGUGCUCCUGCCAAACUAAUAUCCUUCUGUCUUCCUCCUUGGGCUUAUUCUUUCCCAGAGAGCCCAGGGGAGAGAAGGGACCGGUGCUCUGAGGCUGUGUGUUUCCCUUCGAACUGCACUCUGCAGAGGAGAAACGUGAAUCCAGAGUGUGGGCAGCCCUGGGCUGUGAUAUCUGGGUUGUCCCCAGCCUUAGCUCAGACUGUGCUCUGCUCAGGUCAUCAGGAUUUGCAGAGAGAGGUGAGCCAGUUCACUCUGUUGGACAGAGGCUCUCAGGCCUCUGGCAGAUGGUUCCAUCCUAGCUCUGGGCCCUUUCAUCUCAGCCUGGUGCUAUUAGCAUUGUGCUGAAGGACCAGGAGCCAGCAGGCAGCCAGCAGGACUGUCUCCUUACACUGCUGCUAGACCUGUUGUGUGUGAUCUGAGUUACAGGUGACUCCUUGCUCUCUAUCCCUUAGGCUUGCUGGGUGACACAGUCCCCUCUGAUGGGCAUCCCUUCAGGAGCACCUGGCACAGCCCCUUCCGUCCCGUGAAGGUGUGCAGAGCUGGUAGGAUGUGCCUCGUGGGCACACAGUUUGCCUUACAGGGCCUUGAGGGCCGGUUGUCAUCACAUGGGGACAUCUCUGCCGGGCUGAGCUGAGGCUGGGCAUGGAGCUGCCUGCAUCCCUCCCAGGAUGCACGUUUUGUUCCCUGUAGGCAAUGCCUUACGUGUCCGUGAGCUGCUGCUGCAGGGCUGUGUGCACUGUGAGCUGGAUACCAGCCUCUGAGCGGGGAGCUUUGUAUGAGGCUGGAAAUGCUGCAUGCACACUUCUAACUGAUGGUUGAGCUGUCGGGGGGGGGGGGGGGGUCAGGAUGAAUCCUGCUGUAAGCUCACGUUGCCUAAUAGCUGGGGAGAGCAUGACUGGAUGUUUCUAUGAUUUCCUGGUGGUUGCUGAGGGGAAGGAUCUCUUUGCCUUUAGGUCUCUGUGACUCUUUGCCCUACAUGCCAGAGCACAGCAGCUCGCAGCACCCGCUGCAGUGGGGAGGGCAUAGUGGGUGCCUCCUGUCGCAGCUGGGCUGGGCACCUGCUGCUCUUUCCUUGGGCCUCUGAAGAAUGAGACCAAAAAGCCUUCAUGUGGGAGUUUGCCUCCUUGCUGUGCUGCUCACCCCCUCGCUGGCUGUGCCCUUCAGAGCUCAGAGAUGUUUUAACAAUUGAUUUCGUGCACUUUACAUAGCAAGAACCUGUAUCCAGGAAUCCUUACCAGGCAGCUUCACUGUAUUUUGGUGUAUGGUUAAAUACAUUGCUGCUGCACGAGAGGACUCUACAUCUUAGCAGCAAGAGGGAAUCUCAACAGCUGAGCAAACGGCCGGGUCCUGCAGUGCGAGCAGCUCCAGCACACAGCUCUGCAGCGCAGCGCAUCCAGAGCUGGGACAGCAGCUCCGUACAGCACCCAGAGCUGCACGGCAUGGAACAGGGACUGCAGCCCAGCGCCGUGCUGUCACACUGCUGCUGUCACACUGCUGCUGUCCCAUCCGGGCCAGGCACUGCUGCCACGGCCUUUGGCAGUGAGCUCAGAUGGUUGCACCGUGCACAAUCCGCUCAGUCUGAGCAUGGCAGCGUGAGUUCACCGUGCAGGCAGGAUCAAAGCUUCCCCCAUCAUGGCCUUUCUCUGGCUCCUGCCUUUUCUAAAGCAUCCAAACCAUUUCUUCUCUCCGCUCCGUUAAAAUCAAUCAAUCUGACGUUUCAAUUGUACGUGGGUUUGAUAAAUAAAGACAUGUUACCAAA